CAACAACUAACUUUAAGAAAACAGAUCAAUUACAAAUCAACCUCGACAGCGCAGAACAAUCAAAGGAAUGCAAAGACACCCACUUCCAUGAUUGCAAUCGAAAGAAGUGAUUUAGAUUCGGCCGCGAUUCAGGAACCUUGGGACCCACCAAAUGGCACUCGAACUCUAGUCUGCCAACGUACAAAACCAUGUUUUUGACUCAUUAUCACACACGCGCGUAAUUUUCAGUUGAGAUCGAAGGAUUCCAAAUGAAAAUUAUAUGUCGAAUACAUAAUGGAGAGAAGGGGCGGAUUUGUACACCGCUCAAACAGUUCACAAAUUCAGCUAUCGAGAUAUCAUUAGACAUCCACAUUCGCAUUCAGAUUUUCAACGAUUUUCGACGUCGGUAAUGAAAGAAAGUCACGAUAGCGAGAAAUAUAAGGGCACCGCGUCGCCAUUGCUACGAAUUUCUCGUCCGAUUUUCAAAAAUGGCGUCCAUCAAAGCUGGAGAAGGCCACCGAGGCUGCUCCUCUAAUCCCAUCACUCUUCCAAGUCGAGUGGAAAAUCAACAAUCAGAAUCGCACAAACCGAAGAAAGACACCCUUGGAAAGUUCCCAGACCCAAUGAUCGUUCUUCCUCAGCUCGAGCAUCGACAGACGAUCAUCAUCCUCCACGGCCGUGGUUCAUACGCAGCCAAAUUCGGACCGCCAUUGCUUGAGACGAAGGUGGAUGGCCAAACUCUUCAGACGGUGUUCCCGCAUGCAAAGAUUAUCUUUCCAACUGCGACUAAGGAGAAGGCCACGAUUUAUAAGAAUCCGACGCAUCAGUGGUUCGAUAAUUGGCAUCUGGAAGAUUACACCAGGACCCAGCAUCUGAUGGUCGACGGCCUGAACAAGAGUUGUAGAUUCAUUCAUGGGCUCCUCGAGGCGGAGAUCGAAGCCGUAGGGAAAGAGAAUGUCGUUCUGUGGGGAUUGAGCCAAGGGUGUGCCACGUCCUUGGCUUCGUUAUUGGUGUGGGAUGGAAAGCCAUUUGCAGCCGUUGUGGGGAUGUGUGGGUGGAUACCUUUUGGAAACGAGUUGGUAAAGAUUGGGCGCGGACAUGGAGACAAGGGGCUUGAGGAAGACCACGACGACCCGUUUGCACUUUCGGGGGAUGAGUAUGAGGAUCCGUUUGCGGCGUCUGAUUAUGAAGAUGAGGCGAGAGGAGACCCGCCUUUACAAGCAGUCAAGUUCUUGAGGGAGUCGAUUGAGAUGGAUUAUAAGAAGGACAUGGUGUUCCAGGAAAUUCCUGUGUUUUUGGGUCAUGGGGCUGAAGAUGAGAAGGUGGAUAUCAAACUGGGAAGGGAGGCGAAGAAUGCUUUGGACCUGAUGGGGACAAAUGUUCAGAUGAAGGAGUAUGAGGGCCUGGGACACUGGUACUCGGAGGACCUGCUGAGAGAUAUCUUCAAUUUCAUCAAGGAAAAGGUCAAGGUUGAGGUGGCCAGGGAAUAGAGCGAGAUGUUCAGACGGAGAAUUCAGACUAAGCGCAGGUGUUUCCCUCUAGCGCUGUCACAUGUCAAAGCGAAGAAACUACUGAAGAUGUUUAACUUCAACUGAACGGCAGACUAUUCCUGCAUAUUUGCCUAACCUGAGCCUGAAACGGAUGUCUUAAAAUUUUGUUAUCUUUUUGUAAUUCAAACAUCCAAUGAAAUAGAGCAAUCCCACUGCAGACUUCUGCC